UGGGGUCGGUAAUGUAUAUUUUAUUUUUAUCAUUGCUUUCCCCACUCCCACCAUUCAUUCCUUUCUCCGACCCUUCCUGCUAUCAUGCACAGAUCUCAUCGUUGCUGACUCUCUUUACUGGUCAGAUGCCUGCUGUCACAAACCGAUACAACAUAUCUCAGACAUCAGGCAUCAAGACUACUUCGUAGAUUUUUAAUGUGAAGUCAGGUUGAUUACUUACACGCUAGUGAAUGUUGAACUCACUGAUUUCAAUUUAUUUAUUAUAUCACAAACAUCUGUCAACUAACUGGAAGAUUUAUCAUUAACCAUUUACUAGCUAAUGUGUUGAUGUGAUUCUGUUACAAAUCGAAAUCGUAGCGACGAACGAUUCGAAAUUUGAUCCGGGACUUAUACAUACAAACCAGAAAUAAUAAAUAUCAAAUUACAUUCAAUUCUGAUAAUAUUUGAACUUCACCGUUCUUAAAACAGCUGCUUCAUAUUACAAGAGUUUUUAGGCAGUUAGAAACGUUUAAACUGAACACAUGGAGGAAAUUCGUGCAGUUUAUGAAAUUCUUCGAUACCAAAGUUUAUAAAUGGAAUAGAAGAGAUGAGGCGGCAGAAGAUAAGGACGCAUCAAGGAGUAUAAUUCGUAUACAUAAAACCAAACUAAUGAGACCAUCGUCAUUCUUUACUGAACACUUAUUCGAUGAAAGAUGACACGCUUGUCGCUGAUUUUGUUUUGUGUAAGGCUGAGAAGAAAUCGAAUGAAAUAAUAUCCAUUAAAAGAAACUACAAAAGAUACGUGUAAAAUACAGGCAGCUAAAAUGGAUAAAGAAGCCGUGUAUAUUGUUUCUCUAUGAUUAUACAUGCUAUAAGACUUUUAUUUUUUAACUUAUAUUUAUCGGUUUGAAUGUAGAACAAAAUAUCACAAAAACCUUACAAUGUAGCUCAACUUAUAAAAUCAAUCGCAAGUUUCCGUCAGUGGUCUUCUACAUGAUACAACAUAGGAGUACGAAAUAACUUUAUUAAUUAUCUACCAAGCUGGAAUCCCAGUUUUAUAUCUGGAUUUCAGUACUGAAGAGACUACUGUAUUCUAAUUAUGUUCACCCCUUUGUUGAGCUCAAGUUUAACACAGCGGCCCGCUCUACAAUUUCUGUGUAUAGUGAUGUUUUUGACUGCCUACAUAGAUGCCCAAAUACAAUUCCAUCGGCCAGGACGUCACGUUUGUCAAAAACAGAGGGUGGUCCAAUCACCAAUUCGAGAGCAAGAAACCAUUUCACAUCCCAUAUAUCAGCGAGUUAUGAGACCAUGUAGAUCAUCUGUGACUGGAUAUUGCUCCACAUUAAAGGUUGUUCAACAAAAAAUUGUCCGUUACGUCAUACGAUUUCAAGCAGAACAUCAAGUGAUGUACACGUGUUGUCCCGGAUGGAGUCAGCAUUCUCAAAGAGAAAAUGCAUGUCUCAAACCUGUAUGCAGCAAUCCCUGUCAAAACGGGGGCGAAUGCGGGGCUCCAAAUAAAUGUAUAUGUCCUAAACAGUGGACAGAUAAAUUCUGUCAGACAGAUGUUAAUGAAUGUAUUUCAGGACAACAUAAAUGUCAACAUAACUGCGUAAACACUUAUGGAAGUUACAAAUGUUCGUGUAACGACGGUUUUAAAUUAAUGAGUGAUGGAUUUUCAUGUACACUAUGUCUUAUGUGUUCGCGCGAAUACAAACAGAUGCAAGACGAUUACAAACAGCUGAGUGGACGUGUUGUAGUACUAGAAAAGGAAAAGACAGAAGUACAUAACAGUGUGUCCGAACUUUACCAAAAUUUAAAUCAAUGUAUGAAACAAAAACAUCAAGAAAGGAAAAAACCUGCAGAAACGGAAAAAGAGAAAAUACCUGUCGACUGGGAACCAGUUGAAAUCACCGAUAAAUCGUUGAAGUCGGUGGAGCGAAUGAUCCGAUCUAUGAGAGAACAAAUUGGUUUACUCGAAGAAAGAAUAGAAGAGUGUGUACCUCAAGAAGUAGAAUCAUCAACCUGAAAAUAAAACCAAAACACCAAUUCAAGACAAAAUCAAAGUGAUUAUCGCUUCGGUUAAGCCAAGCUUUAAUAGUGGAUAUAGCUAUAUUAGUUAGUUGUGUGUUGCAAACUUAUUAAAUGCUAUCAAAACUGGAAGAUCCAAUUACAUACGUUUCACCGUCAUUGUGACAAUAAGGGGAGCAACACAAAUAACGUUUGUCGUAAGAAAUUACAUCCACUUGAUCACCAUCUUAUUAUAAAUGUCUGAUAUAAGAAAAUAAAAUUUAUUGUCUUCAUU